AUGUCUGUUCAGACUGUCUCCAUCCAGCCCUUUGCGGACCAGAAGCCUGGAACUUCUGGUCUUCGUAAGAAGGUCAAGGUCUUCCAACAGCCCAAUUACUCCGAGGCCUUCGUCACCAGCAUUCUCCUGUCGAUCCCCGAGGGUGCCGAGGGCGCUUUCCUGGUCAUCGGCGGUGAUGGCCGCUACUUCAACGACGAGGUGAUCCAGAAGAUUGCCAAGAUCAGUGCUGCGUAUGGCGUCAAGAAGCUGCUGGUCGGCCAGAACGGCAUUCUCAGCACCCCGGCCGCCAGUAACCUGAUCCGUGUCAGGAAGGCGACGGGUGGUAUUCUCUUGACUGCCAGUCAUAACCCGGGUGGCCCCAACGCCGAUUUCGGUAUCAAGUAUAACCUCGCCAACGGUGCCCCCGCCCCCGAAACCGUGACCAACAAGAUCUUCGAGACCUCCAAGUCCCUGACCUCGUAUAAGAUCGCCGAGAUCCCCACCGUGGAUAUCACUCGCAUUGGUGUGCAGACCUACGGUCCCUUGGAGGUUGAGGUGGUCCACUCGACCGCGGACUAUGUCACCAUGAUGAAGGAGAUCUUCGACUUUGAUCUGAUCAAGGAGUUCCUGAGCACACACAAGGAUUUCAAGGUUCUGUUCGACGGAAUGCACGGUGUCACUGGCCCCUAUGGCGUCGACAUCUUUAUCAAGGAGCUUGGUCUGCCCCAGGAUAGCACCAUGAACUGCGUGCCCUCGCCUGAUUUUGGUGGCGGCCACCCGGAUCCCAACCUGGUCUACGCCCACGAGCUCGUCGAGGCGGUCGACAAGAACGGCAUCCACUUUGGUGCUGCUAGUGAUGGUGAUGGUGACCGCAACAUGAUCUACGGUGCCAACACCUUUGUCUCGCCCGGCGACAGCCUGGCCAUCAUCGCUCACCACGCCAAGCUCAUCCCCUACUUCCAGAAGCAGGGUGUCUACGGUCUGGCGCGGUCGAUGCCGACGUCGGGUGCGGUCGACCUGGUGGCUAAGGCCCAGGGUCUGCAGAGUUACGAGGUUCCCACCGGCUGGAAGUUCUUCUGCAACCUGUUUGACAACAAGAAGAUUUCCAUUUGCGGCGAGGAGAGCUUUGGCACCGGCAGCAACCACAUCCGUGAGAAGGACGGCGUCUGGGCCGUUGUGGCCUGGCUGAACAUCAUUGCCGGUGUCGCCAAGCAGAAGCCCCAGGAGACUCCCAGCAUUGCCUCGAUUCAGAAUGAGUUCUGGCAGAUCUACGGCCGCACCUUCUUCACCCGCUACGACUACGAGAACGUCGACAGCGAGGGCGCCAACAAGCUGAUUGCCAACCUGAGCGAGAAGAUCAACAAUCAGGCCUCCUUUGUCGGCUCCGAGAUCUCCGGCCGCAAGGUCACCGAUGCCGGCAACUUUGCCUACACCGACCUGGACGGCAGCGUCACCAAGAAUCAGGGUCUGUACGUCAAGUUCGACGACGGCAGCCGCCUCGUCGUGCGCCUGUCGGGCACUGGAAGCAGCGGUGCGACCAUCCGGCUGUACAUUGAGAAGUACGAGGCGGACAAGAGCCACCUGGGCCUCGCUACCCAGGAGUACCUCAAGGACAACGUGGCCCUGGCUCUGUCUCUGCUCAAGUUCAAGGAGUACGUUGGCCGUGAGGAGCCUGAUGUCCGGACCUGA